UGCACUGAUGCAAAGUGUUAGGCCUAGCCUUUUCUUCCCAUUGGUCGAUGAGUAAGCUAGCAGUGAUUGCAACACAAAUCAAUGCGCACAAAUUGAAAACUGGCUCAUCAAUGUGUUGCUGCACGAGUUGCUACACGUCCAUUGAACAGUUAGGCUCGCAACACCAUAUCUUUGACUUCCAACAUAGGAGAAUAGAAGCAUAAUUCACAAUGGGUGGAAAAGCAUCGAAAAAGCGAAGUGCGGGAUCUACGAUCCGGCAGUCGGGAGGCGCUGCCGCGGUGGAACCGUUAGCGUCGGGUGAUCAACGCCAACCUGGGCAGUCCAGCGAGCCAGAGCGAGUUGAUUCAAACACGCGUGGAGAUAACACUGAGAGUUCCGAAGCGGCUAUUUCUUCGAAGCAGGCGGUACCGAAAGAAGUGGUCGAGGCGAGUAACGCACACGAGGUAGCCGCGGUUACAACCGCAACAGAAAAGAAGACGCCCUGUGAACCUCAUGAUGGUGAAGAGUUGAUCGAAUCUUCAGAUGGGCUUGCUUUUCGGGAGAUCUUUGUACAGUAUAUCCCUGGUAAACCUCAUGCUCUCGCGGAGUUUGGAGCACUUCUUUACACUCAUCAUGAUCGCCAUGAGUUCAUGGAUAUUGAUGGUACAGGACUGGCUCGAGCUGCCGGGCUGAGACACCAUGAUGAACUAAUAAGCAUCAAUAACCCACAGUCGGACAUAAGCAGUGCUAGCCAGCUAGCAGUUCUAGAAUGUUUCUCAGAUAUUGGCACUCAGAUUGGAUUGGUUAUUAAGCGGAAACAGCGGAAACAGGAGGAAACGUGGCUGAUUGCUUUUCAUCUCAACGAAAAGGAUAACCGGCCAGUUGUGGAGAACAUAUUCAGCAAAAUUAUUAUUUUGGACAGCUUGCUCAUACCAGUCAUUCCCGUUGACAGUGCCUUCGACGAAAACCCUGUUUAUUCCUAUGACUGUUCCGCACAAGUGGAAAUGAUACUUGAAGAUGGCGACCGGCACAUGGAGAUUGAUACUGACAAGGCGACCUACGUUUUAUAUAAAGAGAUCGUGACUCUUAAUUACUACGAAACGAUAUUUGGUACUGUUCCCGGUUUAGCGCUUUCCAUCUCAACACCAGAAUCGUCCGACCGCGAUUUGGACAAUGGAAUCGACUCCGAUUGUGACAAAGAUGAUAGUUCGAUGUGCAUUGAGGCUGUCGAUGUUGGUCCUCUCAGCGUAGUCUCCUUUCCCUCCUACAUGACGGGGCCUGACCCGAUCCUGCAAAACAACAUGUUCUUUAUCAUGGCUAUUCUCCCUACUGGAUCAGAAGUCUUUAAGGCUGCCAACACACAAGACGGGACAGAACUAUACAUAUCAUCCGACGAAGAGGAUGCCAUGCUUUGGGUUGCAAGUCUGAGAGCAUCGUCUUCCAAGUUCCGUAUUGAAUCUGACGGCAAAGUUCUGAAAACAAGAGAAGAUUUUCUCAAACUAUUCAAAGCCUGUGACAGCUAAAUCCACAAUCAAUCAGAGCGUCUUCAGUUGUUCGAACAAAAUACAUCACCUAUUGCUCCACAACAUUUUUUAAUGAACCUUUGAUUAUAAAAUUAGGCAAAUCGAACAAUAAUGGUCUAUUAAUCAGUGAUUGUUAUCAAUACAUGUCUUGUAUAUAUCAUUCAUCUUUAUAAUAAUUAGGGUAAUGUACGUUUGCAUUAUUCCUACCGAUCCUACGCCGCAUUUAACGAUUUUUGCUCUGUCUUUUUCCACCUCUCUGACUCUACAUUAUUCACAUCUUGUCUCAUGUAACUGUAUCUGUUUAUGUCAUCUGUAUGCAAUAUGAUAACAAAUGGUGUUUGUUCAUUUACUUUCAAUUAGUUCUGUUCAUUUGCUUAGCUAAUUCGUAUUAUUUUUACGACAAUUUUGUUUUCUCUCAAUAUAGUCAAAGGGCCUACAUUUAACAAGCUAUACAGUUCUUAGUAGACCCCUCCACAUCUCCCCAUGAGUUUGUUGUUCUAGCUCUUAAUCUGUUCAUCUAUUCAUCAUUCUCUGUGUUUUUUAAAAUCAAAUCAAUGUCAAUAUUUGUCACAAACUUGAACAAUAUGUGAAAUAUGAAUGAAUAAUGAAUGAAUGAUUUAUAGAAUAUUUGAUAAAGAUAUGAACAUGUAAACAAAUCUUUAAAACAAGCAGACAUUAUACAAAUAUGUAGAAAGUAAUUUAAAAUGCCAUUUCCAGGUCGGAUCGUAAGAUGAAUAAAAUGUUGCGCAUGAACAGCUUUAGGAUAAAUUACAAUUGCAACUGUUGAAAUUUAUGAAAGUGUAAUCAAACUAGACUUAAAAUCGGUAAGUGAAAUGUAGAUUAGAAGAAGACUUGGAAAGUGUCAGAACGUCAUCACUAAUCCUUUCUGUGAAAUAUAAUCAAGAAAAACAUUCAACUUCGAUUACGUGAAUUGAUGAAAUAAAGUUGAUAGCUGUUUUUUUUCGUUAAACGUUUAGUUUUACGUUUGAAUUGUUGAUAGGAAGGAUCUUCAUGUAAUGGAGUCGUGGUUUCAUUUUUGGAGAGUAAACUACGUCAGACAACCAGGAGUUGAUUAGUUGAAGAUUAUUUGGUGAAUUUUGUAUUUGCGAACUUUCUACAUAAUAUGUCUGGCACCACCAUGCCUAUGGGUCCAUGACCGACGACACUAUAAGAAAAAGGGAAAGUGAACAAACGUUAGCCUAUCAGGGCCCUGUUUCAUGAAACUUGUUAUCAAUAACAAGUUACAAUAAUUGUUAUAAGCUACUGAAAUCGUGGCAUUGGAUUGGUGGAGAGCAACAUUUGUCAUAGAAAGGUAGAAUUUGUUAGUGAUAACAAGUUUUGUGAAACGGGGCCCUGAAUUCCAUUCAAGUCUGUAACCUUCGGCACUAGAGCAGUGUUACACACAUUCGAAUGUUGUUGUUUUUGUGUGCAAAAAUCUGUAUUAUUUGUAUACAUAUAUAAGUUGACUUUUAUAUCGGUCAGUAGAGUAGCUCUUGUGUGACGGUUGUUUAAAGAAACAGGAGACGUGGAAAUCAAAGUAUAGAAAUGCUAGUAUCUCUUUUACCCAAUUUCGUUUUACUGUUUAAUAAAUGGCGAUGUCGUUCACCAAAAAAGAGUCAUCUCCCCGUCCAUCGCCCUCCCCCGAUGACAUACAACAUGAUAGAGAAAUUUAUGGUACAUCUAAUUGAUAAGAAUUUUUUUUUUCGUAAAAGGUAGUUGUAAUUAAUUAAAUUAUGUUACCAGAUUCACUUACACGGAUUUAAAAACAUAACUUAACAGUUAACAGUUGGUUAUUUUUUCUAAAGGGUUAUAUUUUCAUCAAUUCAUUUACCAGUUAAUAUCUACUCAUUAAAUGACGUAAGAUGAAACAUAUCAUGACGAAGAUGAUAAUUCAUUGUAAUGUUUGACCUGAAAUAACCAUUUUUUCUCCUCGCUGGCAAAUGGGCAACCAUUUUUUUAAAAAUAUCAUUAAAUAUCAAUAGGAAUUAAAGCGCAUAGCGUUUUUCUUCUCUUUCAUCUUUCAUUUGGACAGGUACCUGCUUCUUUAUAUUACCUUGAUUUAUGAUGAGCGUUGUUAACGUAUGGUUGUCUCGUGUAAUGUCAUGUAAUAACUUAAUAUUAGUAAUCGACAACUAGUUGUUUGAUUAUUUCGUUCGUAUGUAUGAAAUAGACAUUGGUACAAUUGACGUCAUUUAUAUACUAUUAUAAUGAUCCAUGUGAUGUUUCAUUUGAGAUGAAAAGGCUUAAAUAAAAAUAAAAUACCCACAACAAACCAAAUGUAAUAAUGAUGUAUGGUGCGCACGAGGAGAGGUAAAGAAAGAAACAAUAAUUACAUAAUAUAUUAAAAAUUUAUAUAAAGGAAAUAUCAUGGAGGGCAGACGUUGAAAAGAAUUACUUCUGACAAAAAAUGUAAUUAUGUUUUAAAAUGUAUCGUUAGUCUUGUGAUAUAAGUAUAUUGUAUGCGUUUUUAAUUGUAAUCAUUAUGAUCAUAUGUUUUUUAUGUAAGUAUUACUCCAUUAAUAAAUGAUGAAGAAAAAAAUUAUUGAAAAACACACAAAAGUA